GUGCUCUUGUAUUCGACGCAUCGUGCAGCGAUAUCAAGCGAUAAUUAGUACUGCGAACGCAUAACGGACAUAUACGAGCAUGGCUCCGAAGAAGCCCGAGGAACCCGAGCGAAAGCCGCUUAUCGGUCGCGUUGGUACUAAUUUAAAAAUGGGCAUAGUCGGGAUUCCGAAUGUAGGAAAGUCGACUUUCUUCAACGUUCUCACCAAGAGCCAAGCGGCAGCCGAGAAUUUCCCCUUCUGCACCAUCGAUCCCAAUGAAAGUCGCGUUCCGGUGCCUGAUACGAGAUAUGACUACCUCUGCGAAUACUUUAAACCAGCUAGUAAAGUUCCGGCCUUCUUACACGUAAUGGAUAUUGCUGGACUGGUGAAAGGUGCCUCCGAAGGACAAGGUUUAGGAAACAGUUUUCUUUCUCAUAUCGGAGCUUGUGACGGCAUAUUUCAUCUUUGUCGUGCCUUCGAGGACGAUGAUGUUACCCACGUGGAGGGUGAUGUUAACCCCGUAAGAGACCUCGACAUCAUUAGCGAGGAGUUACGACUGAAGGACGUGGAAUUCUUAAACGUUCACCUCGAGAAGCUCGAGAAGCUUGUGAUACGCGGUAAUGAUAAGAAGCUGAAACCUGAAUACGAUACGCUUCUAAAAGUAAAGGGCACUCUGACGGAUGAGAAAAAACAUAUCAGGUUCGCCGAUUGGAGUGCCAAUGACAUCGAGGUAUUGAACAAGUAUCUGUUUCUUACGUCGAAGCCGAUCAUCUAUUUGGUAAACCUAUCGGAAAAGGAUUACAUACGCAAGAAGAACAAAUGGUUAAUCAAGAUAAAAGAAUGGGUCGACAAGAACGAUCCGGGCGCGGUGUUAAUUCCUUUCAGCGGCGUCUUCGAAAACAAGAUUCUCGAUAUGGACGAGGCGGAGCGCGCAAAAUACUUCGAGGAACACAAAGUCACCAGUGCACUCGAUAAAAUCAUUUUACAAGGAUAUAAAGCGUUACAGCUGCAAUAUUUUUUCACGUCCGGUCACGAUGAAGUCAAGGCGUGGACAAUUCAGAAAGGCACAAAAGCACCUCAAGCUGCGGGGAAAAUACAUACGGAUUUUGAAAAAGGAUUUAUUAUGGCGGAAGUGAUGAAAUUCGAAGAUUUCAAGAACGAAGGCUCGGAAGCAGCAGUAAAAGCCGCCGGAAAGUACAGACAGCAAGGACGUAAUUAUGUAGUCGAGGAUGGCGACAUUAUUUUCUUCAAAUUCAACGCAGGCGCUGGAUUAAAAGACGCGAAAAAGAAGUGAUGGCACGCGUUUCUCAUGUUGUUGCUGGUCCAUCUGUACAUCAACAUGAUUCUGUUAUCCUGUUGCAUGCAUCAUCCUCGCGUUAAUCAAUCCAACUCGCUUCCUGAUCCUCCCUGACUUUCAUUCACGAUAAUCAUAUAUAUAUAUACACACACACACACACACACACCACAUACACACACACGCAUACACACAC